AGCGUCGUUCGCAAGCAGCCUCAGGCGCACCAAACACACAAGCAAGCGGCGAGCGCACGCAAAACAAACAAGACAAAAUCCGAUUUGAAACACACUCGCGACGUUGUUGAAUCAAUGCAACUGACGAAAGUAUUGUGAAUUUGUAUAGUGGACAACACAGUGCCCGAUCUGGACAGGACUAAAACCUCGGACGUGCGAUGAGCGGUAACACUGACUUAAGUCUCCUCUUACUUUACUGAACAACUGAAAAGCAAACGCAAAUCAUAUCAAUUGAAUUAUUCGUGUAAUAGAUUCGUGUACAAUUCAUAUUCGUAAUAAUCGACUUGAAAUAUUUUUCGACAAAUCCAACUAGUGGGCAUUUGGAGGAGAUUUGGUGAAGAGAAUUUGAUUUCCUCACGAUUUUUUGCUGUUUUACUGCGUUACUGCCGAGCGCACCCAUUCGAUACACUGUGGGGCGGCGGCAACAAGUGGAAACACACCAUAUUAUAACUCUUUCUCACCCUCCGGCGGGCGGCAAGUCUAAUAAUAGUCAGCGCCUACUCCAAAGUGAUUUAAAAAGACCUCGAAAAGUGAAUUAUUUCUGUGUUGAAUUUGCUUCUUCUAAGCGUUAAGAUUGAACCGCCGGGUGAAUUCGCACCGCCGCUAAGAGGGCCGAUGGUUCGGGCGCGAUGAUCACCUGAAACCCCAUCGCUAGCACCAUUGUCCUCCACCAUACACUUUGCAUCCGCUGUUCCACGGCUUUCAACAAACAGCAGGGCCUAACAAGUCCCAACCGGAACCGCCGCUCGCCUCCCCCCUGGAGUAGUAGCCAGAAUGUGGGCCGUGCUGACGGUGACGGUCUGGGUGUGUGCCCUUGCCACCCCGCAACCGCUUCAGUCACCGCAGCAACAGCAGGUGCAGGUCCAAGCACAGACUAAACCUCUAGCUCCAGCGGCGAAUCAUUUAAAAAUUCGCAAACGCUCUGAGUUGCCACGCGAUUGGAACGAAUGGAACGAUGUGGAUUUCAACUCGAAUAAUCAAAAUCAACGAUUUGCGUAUGCGCCAAACUCGAAAGUCGACUUUGGGAAUCCACUGGCGGGGAUUGCGGCGUCGACGUCGUUCUUCGGUGUGAAUGAUUGGCAGAAGCGGGAUGGAGGCGGCGAGGGAGGCGGCGUGCAUCCGCCGCAGCUCAUGUUGCGGUCACCGCGUGCCGGCAGACAGUAUGAUGUUCCACAAAUAGAAUGCCCACCAGCGCCAGAUGGAAUGGAGCGGUUCGCGUGCCCGACGCCUGAUCGUCAAGGUCGUUACCAUUGCAUUGAUGAUCACGUGUUAUGCGAUGGUUUCAUUGAUUGCCCAUCGGCGGAAGAUGAAGAUCGACAGUCGUGCAUGUUCUACAAGACGACAAAAGCGCAUCUGGAUGUACUGGCGGACGCUCUGCUACGAUGGGCGAGAGGGCGUUAGUUGCUCUAACCACCCGCGCCACCUAUUGAAUCGACACGAAACCCUCGGACAGAAUACACGCAACCAAACACACACCCAACACACAUAAUGUAUUUUGUUAAACUAUAAAUGAACAGAUAACCCCCAGCAUUUACAAUCUCACCGUGUUUACGUUAAAAGAAGACGUUUGCGAGAUUAUGACUACUAUAAACAAUUAGUUGAGCUGGAGUUGAGGCGAGGAAUAAAACGUAUACUACAUACAGAAAUGCAAAAUAUGGGAGAAAGUGAGCAUCCCAACAUACACAAAGCAGAAUUGCAUAAAAAUGGAAGGAGAAAUGAUAACAUUUAAGGUAUAUUAUGAAAUUUAUUAGUUCGUAAGCGAUUACUAUAUAUUUACGAGGUUAUAAAAGCGAGAUGAACAUGUGAGACACAUUUCAGUCAUUUCAAAUGUAAAACACCCAAACUAUACGAAGCGCGUGGAUGAACAAAACCCCAACAAUUAUUAAAUUAUUAAACUAAACAUUAUCUCUGCUUCGACUUGGAACAUCGAUCGAUCUUCAGCGCUUACCAAAUUACCAUCAUUCCCAGAAAAAAAAAACACGCAAAAUUUGAUAGCUCUUGAAGCGCUCGUCUAGUCAGGUCCGAGCAUUUCAAGAGCCUCUCAGAAAUAUUUUCCAUUAUCAUCACAUUUUCACUCCUUUCAUGAUAUAUUUACUUGCGUAGCGAACAUUUAACUUGUGAGAACAAAGACUAAGUAUUAACACGCAAGCCCACACAUGCAGAAAGUGAUGACGUUUUUGUUUAACUUUCAAUUUAGUGUAGAAUGACAACAGAACAUGAAAUCAACUAAAAACAAAUAAUAUAUUGUUUUAGUUGAUUUUUUUAAUGUUUUCUAAAGUGUUUGAAACUAUUUUCAGGACAGGUAAAUUUUUAGUAGAAAAAAAUUACGAUGUUAAAAAUAUUUUUGAAAAUUUAUUGAAAAACAAGAAAAAAUGAUCAGUAACCAUCCAAAUGUUAAUAAUUAUUAUAAUAAUUCAUAGUAAUUUAGCAUAGUUUAAAAAUAUAGUAUAAAAUAUUCUAUAUAAUAAACAGAAGGAAAAAAAUUUGAAAAAAAAAAGUGUGCUUUCGAUGUUUCUCGUUAAUAAACAUUAAAAAAGUCGUGUACGAGCACAGUAAAACAAUAUUAUUCAAUUCUAUCUACAAUUAUAUUAGAUCUAGAUCUACAUCUCUAGUUUUGAUGUUCAAGUUUAGCGAAAAAUGAAAAAAAAAAUGCAAAAAAUAUUUGGAUGUGUUCAACAUGCGCAUUUGGAACUUUUUAUGCAAAGUCUUGGAGGCUGGACCAUCGUGCUUAUAAUCUUACUAUAACUAAAAUAAAAUAAAAUUUAUGUUUGUCGAUGGUAUCGGGCGAUGGCCGUGCACAGAUGCGGUUCAUCCUGAGCCACCGAAGCCUAUCCGCAGACAUAUUUCAAUACUGAGACGUUUAAGCAUGAUGGUUUUUUAUAGACUAAUAAAAUGUUU